GCGCGACCGCAGCCGGGUUCUGAGGCUAAUAAUUCCUUCGCAGCCCGUCUCGGGCUGCGAUCGCGUGAGCUCCGCGCUGGGACCUGCCCAGGGGGACCCGGGCGCGCGGCAGGAAAGACGCCCGCGCUGGGCGCUGGGGAGGCCCCGGGCACCCAGGGGCCCCAGCCCCGGCCCACGGCACCCCGGCUCCCGCCCUGCGCCUCUGGAGGGAGGGACGGAGGGACGCGCGGAGAAGGGGUUUUGCUAAUUGCCAGAGCAGGAAGUGAGCGCGAGGAAGAAGCUGCGGAGAGCCGGGGAGGAAGAGGAGGUGGAGGAGGACGUGGAGGAGGAGGAGGAGGAGGAGGGGCGCGCAAAGCCGGCGUGGUGUGCUGCGGCCGCGUCGGCACAGCGCGACUUUCCGUCCCAGCCGCCCCGCUCUCCUCCCCUGUCCUGGCUCGGGCGCUCGUCGGCACCAGCCCGCCACGAUGGCUUCUCCGGACGACCCUCUGCGCGCAGAGCAUAUGGCAAAGGAGCCAGUGGAGGACACGGACCCCAGCACUUUAUCCUUUAACAUGUCAGACAAAUAUCCCAUUCAAGAUACAGGACUCCCUAAAGUUGAGGAGUGUGAUCCAAUUGGUAUGAACUGCCCAACAAAUUCUCAUGUGCAGCAUCAGGAAGAAGAAAAUGGCUUUCCAGACAGUACUGGAGACCCCCUUUCAGAUAGAAGCAAGGACAAGUCCUACAAGGAGAACUGUACUUGUUCCUCCUGCUCGCCCCGGGCCCCCACCAUAAGUGACUUGCUCAAUGAUCAGGACUUACUAGACGUGAUCAGGAUAAAGCUGGAUCCAUGUCACCCAACAGUCAAAAACUGGAGGAAUUUUGCAAGCAAAUGGGGCAUGCCCUAUGAUGAACUGUGCUUCCUGGAGCAGAGGCCUCAGAGCCCCACCUUGGAGUUCUUGCUCCGGAACAGUCAGAGAUCGGUGGGCCAGCUGAUGGAGCUCUGCAGACUCUACCACAGGGCCGAUGUGGAGAGGGUCCUACGCAGGUGGGUGGAUGAGGAGUGGCCCAAGAGGGGCCAUGGAGACCACGCCAGGAACUUCUAGACCUCUGCUUCUUCUCGGCCUCUUCAGACGUUGAAACAGCCACAGGUUAAGGAGGACUGCAAAUCUGUUCUUUUUUAAGAGUUUAGGAUAAGGACAUGGAACAGUGGACAUUGGUUUUCUCCAAAGCUGGUGGUUUUGUGGAGGGGUAGGUUAUGUUUCGGUGGUGGAUUUUCAUUUGUUUAGUUUUGCACAUCUGUUUUAAUUUAAUAUUUGAAUCUGGAACUGGGAAAAACAUUUGGUAGGCUCAUAUAAGGACCAGGGCCAAAGCCCACAAUCCGAAUGGAUUCGUGCCAUGAUGAAAAUAAAAUUAUCCUCUUCCUUAAAUACUGUUGAAGAUUGAAAGAGGAACUAAGAUUGUUGAUGGCAGCAAACAGUCAUCAUCCAUAAGAUCCUUGACGACAGUGGCACUCCCACAGCUUAGAAGGAAAUGACACAGAGAAAUCACCUUGCUUGGUCUGUUUGUUACUUUUUUUUGUUAUGCUUAGGUGAAUUAGAGGAUAUUGGUAUUAUGUGGUGAUACCCUUCAGAACACAUGUGCCAUCUUUUUUAUUCAAAUACUAUAUGAACUGCUAUCAAAAAUGUCAUUUGCUCAAGUAGUUUUGAAAGAAAUAAACCGAUGGCUAUUGGGAGCACAGUCAGGAAUUAGGAGGGGGAUAAGGACCAUGGGAAAGGUGUUUGGCAAAGAGUGCUCAAAAUGCCCUUGUAUUACCCAUGACUUUUAAAAAAUUAAUUUAAAAGUUACUUUUACAUCUUUUGUCUAAGGCUGAGGGUCUCACCCCUGAGAUGAAGCUCUGAUAAAAAAUAAAUAAAAAUCACUUGGCCCAUAGGUACAACGUAACCACCUCUAGCACCUACUGUCCCAGCUUAAAACAGGGCCCAAUAACACUACACAACAGGUUCGCCAAGAAGGGGGGUCUUUAAUGGUGAUCCUGGGAGGGAAGAUAUGCAUUAAAAUCCAAAUUUUAAGGGAUUUUUAAAACCAAGUGAAAAAUUGGAUCCAAAGAAUAUCUAAUGUUCUUAUUUGAUGGUUUACAGGGAGAGAAAGUAUGGUGAUAGGAGGGAGAGAUCAGGUUUUUCUAGUUUUGGGGGGAAAAAGAGAGAGAGAGAAGAAUACAAAGCCUUGGUUUGCUUGACAAUUUCCUAAAAGUGCUGUUUGGUUUUGGCUGUAGGUUUAGAAAGUUAAGGCACUUUGUUCACUUUGGGGGGAUUCUGUCCAAGACCCUGAUUAAAAUGGACAAAAAUGAUGAAUAACAUUGAUUGGAGUACAAGAAAGAUUAGGAUCAACUCAAAAGCAAGUUAUUUUCUAAACCACCACCAUUUUUUUCCACUAAUGAUUACAGCUGUUUUUAUUGGGUUGCUAAUACAUGAAGUCGGCUUCACCAUCAAAUGUAAGCUCUAAACUAGCACAAUCUACCAAAGAGACUUAUUCACACUUCUGAUUCAGGGUUAAUCACACCCAGCUCAUCUCUCCUUGUCAGAUUUAUCAGAUAAAUGUCAGGUUUAUUGCAAGAUGUAUGUAAAGUAACAGCCAGUAAUAAAAUGUAGAGAUUUUUAAAAAUAGAUUCUUUUGCAACUUGAUGUUGAAUGACGUGGUUGUUAAAUAUUUAUUGUCAGCCACGUUCUAGGCCCCGUAUAGAACUUGUCUUCUAGGAAUUUGGUUUUAUGUACCAUGUUCUCAUUAAGCUACGUGGGACACGUCCUCAUAUGUUAGCCCAAAAUUGACUGUGGGAAAAUAUAGAUGAGCUUCUGGCAUUCAUUGCUGACAUUUUAGGGAAAUGGAACUAAAAGGGGGUGAUUAUUUCUCGUUCUGUGGUCCCAGACCCCCAGCAGUCAGACAGGCAUCACUCCUUGGACCCUGCACCCCCCGGGAUGUCAGGAGUGGGUCCCAGCCUGACAAAUGUCCUGCUAACUGCUGCCUGGCCAGAAAGUCCCUUCCCUCGCCACACUGCUGGGGAGCUGCCUCCACUCCUUUCCUUUCACAGCCCCUCCCUCAUCCCACCCAGGCACACUUGUCGCCUCAGCUCGACACCAGCCUUCAGGCUCUGUGACCACAUAGAGGCAGUGGGAGAGGAGAGCGGGAGGAGGGGAGGAGGGAAAACCCCUUCUUGCUCCCUUCCCUCAGCCUGCGCCUUCCUCCUCCCACAUCUAGGCCUCAACCUCCCCGGAGACAGGAAAGCAGAACAGGUGGCACCUCCGCCCCCAGCCCCAGCCAUCAUUCCUACGGAGGAAGGCUGGGAAGGCUUCCCUUAUUUCCCGAGCCUCCCCCCACCUGUGAUUGACAGGGGGCAGAGGAGUAGCAAAAAGAAAGGGCAGGCUGAGGGGGGAGGGGAUGGGAAUAACACCCUCCCCGCCACCCUGCCCUCCUUCCCCUGCUGCCCCAUGCGCUGCCCUGGUCUUCUCGCUAGUUCCCAGCUCCCUGAGGCCCUGCUGACUGGAGGCCACAGCAGGCCGAGGGCCAUCUCGGUGCCUUGGAACAGCAGCUGAGGGAGGCAGGCUUCUAACUUCCUCCAAUAAGGCCACGGCUACAAAUGAAAAAUCAAAACAGGUUCCUAAUAUCCCAGAUUUAAAAUCUAGAAAAUGGGAUGAAAAUUUUCCCAUGAAAAUGCUGAUAUACAUAAUGAUUAGUUUCUAUAGAACCGUCAGUUCUAUAUUUCACACAUUUCUGAAUUAAAAGCUUUUUGUGGGCUGGCUUGGGAACAUGGGUCCCUGUCGGCGCUGCUUCCAUGGGACGUGGCUCCAAAAUUCCACACUCAAAAUUCCAAUCUCGAAACUGACUUUACACUGAACUUCUCAUCAUACAUAUCUUGAACAUGGCUGUUGUUCAUAAGUGUCAGCUGAACUUACCUUUGAGUUGGAUCAGAAAGGUUAAGACACAGAAUUCAGGCAGCUCAGAGGCGGGCAGAGCCAAGUGCUCCUUUAUCUUUAAAUUCAGGAAUUACAGGAAACCCUUGUGACCACAGAACACCACCCCCUCCUCUCUCCGUUUGGCAUCAUUAUUUCCAAAGUCCUGAUUGCUAAUAAUUUUCUGGCUCUGAAAGCUUAAAAUUCCUAUCGUAAUUGCAUGAGGGAAGCGCCAGAGGGGAAGGGAUUUUUUAAAAUGGAGAGCUGAUGUCAAUGUGCUGCUUUAAUUUGACUCUACCAUUAUUUGCCCAUAUGGCCAUCUGUAUCUCUUGGCAUUUCCCUUAGGAAAAGUUUUAAUUAUUAGGAGUUUAAUAUUAGCAGAGAGAAAUUUAAGCAAAAGAUUUUUUUAAAGUUCAUUCAGAUUCUAAUGACUAAAUGUGGGAUGACUUUUAUCCGUGUUACAUCCAGACAUAUCAAAGAGUAAUUCUCAGCUGAAAUAGAACUAUAUCUUAAUUGUACAAUAAUCCAAAGUAAUUUUCUUUAAUCUAUAGCAAAUAAGUACCAUAAUAGCAUAAAUAUGCUGAUACUUUACAAAGGGGAGCGUGAAGAGGAAGGAAAUUACUUUAUGACUAAUUGAUCAAAUAAUUGUUAAGAUUUAAGUUCAUUAAUACAUAAGAGCUUUGCUCAUUAUGCUGUCUGUAGGGAUCCACUUUAAAUUGACCACACUAUGAGCUAAACUGCUUGUGAUGAGGGCCUUUUGCUUAUAGAAAGAGGAAAUCUCUUUAGCUAAGUUCCAACACAAACUCUCUUCAACAAAAUUCUCACCUGCAUUGUUAUGUGAAGAGGCUUUAUACUAAGAUGCAUUUUAUUUGGCCGCACGAAAAAAUUACUAGACUCAAGAGAAUGGAAAGUAAAGCUGUGUUAGCCACCACACACACCCAGGACACACACAUCCACACACACACACAAAGGAAGACUCAUGUGAGAGGAGAGAGACUCGCGUAAAGCAAGUGUUAUGUAAAAUUGUAAGAUUUAAAGUUGUUAGGGCUUAAAUUGAUUGCCAGGAUUGUCCACUGAUACUCAAGAUAACCGUAUGAACAAGUUACCCAUUUUUGUGACAGUAAAUAAUAAUUAUUCAAUAAUACAGAAAAUUCAGGGUAAUUGACAAAAGAGGCUGCACCUCAGUUUUUCCUUAAUAGUAAUUUUUAUGUGGUACUGCCCUCUGCUGGAGUAUAAAAUCUACACACACAUCCUUCAUGGCUUGGUUAAGACCAACCUAGGACCAACCUUCUAUUAAUUAUUGGUUGUUUGUUGGAACCCUUAUGAGCAGCCCGGCUAAGACAGGAAGAGGAGAGUUCUUUUACAAACUGACAGGUAUAAGCAGAUUGAGGUCGGUAUAAUUGAGAUGGGGGUGCCAGCCUCCUGAAGGUGCCCAUCAUUACCUCAGCCCGUCAUUCAGAAUUCCAUACUCUGGGAAUUACUUUUAGCAUUCAGUAGGACUUUUCCUCCAUGUCGAGUUAGGGUGAGCCGUCUGUGGGCAUUUGGUCUCUCUCUCUCUCAGCGUAGCAAUGCUCUCUCUUUACCAUGGUGAGGAACAGUGGCUUUCAUGUAACAAGGCAGAGGAGUUGAGCUCCCUCACUUGUGCAGACAUCGACCAGGAGCACUAGCCUGUCCUCUUCCUCUCUAAUAUGUAAUAUAAACACGUCUUCCUUUCAAUACAAUAUUAAUAAGUAAGGUCUGGCAUAUUUUCUUUCCCUUUCUUUUUUAGAUGAAUAAAUCUGUUUUGUCUAGUUUUGAGCCAGGACUAUCCUCCUUAGAACAUUUUUUCCACGUCUGCCCUCCCUGUUGCGUAGUUCUCCUCUCCUUUGAGUCCAUGUUUCUGCUCUUUGUGUUGCUAACUUUAGAACCAUCCCCUCAUUUCUCGAAUCAGAUUUCCUCUAUAUGCCCCUGGCCUUUUCUGUCCCAGCUGCAGGCUAACAUCUGCUUCCUUUUUUGACUUACACAUGCGGAAGCAAUUUGUUGGAUUGUCUUUCACAUUUAAUGACACGUUGGGCCUGAUAACAUUAACACUGUUUUCUGCCCUUGUAACUGAAACAUACAUAACUACAUAUGCCCAAGGAAGUGACGGGAAACAUUCACCCCAUUUGUUCUGUGAUUUCCUACUUGGGAAUUCAGAUUCCAAUCUUCUGAACCCUGUGCACUUGGUCAUAAAUGGAUGGGGCAAGACUUGCUUCUCUUGUGUUUAGAGAGGAUCAUGGCCCUGAUGCUCAGCCAUGUGCUGGGCCUGCUGGAGCCUCUGGGGGAGUGGGUGCCGCACCUGUGGUCCUCAGCAGAGGAGAGCCUGUUCUCUUUCUUCCUGUGGCUCUGUUCAGCUGAGGAUGCCUCCUAGAAAUCAACUCCGCAGUUGAACUGAAGAGAUCAAAGGAGCUGACGGUGCAACUCGAAAUGAAAUGAUUGAGUUUUGUCAACCCUUUUGGAAAUGUAAGGGGUAGCUUCUCAUGACUUCCUGAGCUGAGCCAUGCUCUUCCAUUUUAUGUGACAGCCAGUGACCAUUCUCCUUUGAGGCAGGCCCUCAGAAGCUUCAUGGAGGACAUUUCUUCAGCUGAUGAAGGCAAUGCUUUUAAACUACGAGUUUUUGUGGUACUACAUGUUUAUAUAUAUUUGUGCUGUACUUUUUAAGCUGCCUUCAUUUUGAUCCCCUGUAUGAUUUUAUAUUUUUCUUAUAAAUAA